CAAAUCUCCAUGGCAAUGACCCCAAUCAGGGAAGGGGGGAUGCUGAAGGGGCGCAUGCUCGGAGUGGCUGCUGGAGCCUUGCCUCUCUCUACAGCUGCUCCAAGGGUCUGGCACACAGGAGAGGAGAAGGAUCAGGCAGGGAAGACGGCUUGAAUUAUUGAUGAGAGGCAUGGCGCUGCCGGCCGCGAGGAGCGAGGCGCGGGUGGGAGUGCUGCUGCUGUCGGUGCUCGGCCUGCUCAGCGCCAGGCUGGUGGGCGCUGGCCAGGACGCCGGGAGUGCCAUCCCUGCAGAAAGCCGUCCCUGCGUUGACUGCCACGCGUUCGAGUUCAUGCAGCGGGCCUUGCAGGACCUGAAGCAGACGGCGUUCGGCCUGGACGCGCGGACAGAAACCCUCCUCCUGAGAGCAGAAAAGAGAGGCCUGUGUGAUUGCUUUCAUGCAAUACACUGAGAUGAGCACUGGGAUUUGGCCAAUGGACAUACAUUCAUUUUAAAAAUACUGUUCAGUAAAUUACAGGAAGAUACAGAGUUCAAGUUGUGCCCCACCAUAAGGAAAAGCAUUUUUAUCAAAACAGGUACAGCUCAGAUUAUUUUUGCUUUGUUGUGGUUUGUCAUAAGUCUAUGUGAUGUUGCAUCUGCUGAAAUGUCAAGAGAAGAAACAGUGCCAAAGUCUUGCUUAUGGGUUUUAUGCAAGGACAGCAUCCUGCUUUUUUGGUAUUUCAAGACAAAAAUUGUCCUUGGAGUCCCAGGCCAACCUCUUGGCUUAUGUGAAUUGCCAUAGAGCUGUGAAAGUCAGUGUAGUCAAAUUUUUCAAUGUAUUUAUAGAAGAAUAACAUGAAAAGCAAACUACUUUGCCAUGAUGCAUAGAUAAACAUUUACAAACAAGCAGACUUUGCAUUAUCUAGAAAUUAAUAGUUAUCACUGACUGCUUGGCAGUCCAAGGAAAGGAUUUGUUCCCCAGUUGUAUCAAUAGUCCAGUGCACAGCAAACACAGUAAUCUGUCUCACAAUUUUGAUUUCUUCAGAGCCACACAGUAGCUGUGAUCAUUUUGGAGAGAUUUAUUAAGUAUCUAAUGUGAUCAGUAACAUUUGUAAUCACAUGAAUACUGCCUGGCAGUUGAACUGAUUGUAUCUGCCAAAAUCUUCUGCAGAAGUGUCUUUCAUUAAGCAAAUCACAUGCUGGAUUGAACCACUCAAAGUGGCCUCUACAGAGAGUUUUGGCAGAGAGCCUACACAAAGCCUGUCUGCCCAGGAGUCUCUUGUAAACUGUAUUUUGGGAUAAUAAUACUUAAUAAAUACUUAAAUUCUGCCAAAAUGGUCCUUAACUUUUGCAUGGACUCUGCACUCUGUCAGGGUGGGUUACAGUGCUGACGUUAUUUGUAUUUCUGCUGCAGAGACAAGAGAGAGCAAACCAAUGUAAGCAGUGUAGUAGUAGUAGUAAUAGACAAUAAGAUUGUGCCUUGUUACACUUCAAAAGAGAAUAACAAAUCCUUUCUCUUUUUU